AUGGAGCUCUACGGCUACAACCCCUAUUACCGCUCCAUCCCAACUCGCGGCGGAACCGGCAACAUGCACAGCACCAUAGCCUUUCCUGGCGCCAACGGUCGUCGAGGGUCGUUACCGGUCACCAGCCCCAGUAUCGGUAUCGCAGCGCUGACUGCGAGUCCUGCGUCCAUCACCAGCCCACGAAUGCCAAAUACGCCGGUCGUUCCCAAUGGGGCCGGUCCUGGUGGGAACGGGAAUGGGUACGAUACGAGUCCGAAGCGGCUCAGAAGAGUGGAGAGGGUGAUCAAGCCGAUCAAGAGCGUCAAGGGGCCGGAUGCUAGGGGGAUGGAAGAGGAGGUACAGCGUUUAUUGGCGAGUUGCGAGGCGCAUGAGGCGAGAAUGAAGCGGACCAAGGCAAAUAUCGAAGAUAGGCUGUUUCCAGAGCUGAACGGUGCCCUCUCGAGCUUAUCAGAUAUGGACCGCGAAGCAGAUGACAUAGUAGCGCAGCUAGACGAGACCCUCGCCUCCACCCGUCCUGUCCUCGCAGCACGUCUAUCGCAGCUCGUAGCAACCCACCGAGCCAAAGUCGACGACAUGGAGCAGAAAGCGACCCCCUGGCGGACAUUACGGGACAGAGCGGCAGGUCUGUUGUCGGAGGACGGGCGAGACCUAUCGGAAGAGGUUCUGGAGGUGGAGGAAGAAGAUGUCGAUGGGGAGGAUACUGUCCCGAAUGAGGAGAGGGAGCAAAGGAAGGAGGAAGGGGAUGAAGCUGCAUUGGCGAGGGUGGAGGGAUGGGCGGAGGAGGUCAAGAAUUACUUGACGAGUGAGAUUGCGGUUUUGAGGAUACAGAACGCAGCGAGGAAGAAGGGACUUGUGUGGUAUGCCUUCUGGGGGUUGAUAUCCACUUCAAUUCUCGCCGCCAUCAUCGGUUUCAUCGUAUCCUUCUUCCUUUCGAAGUCCAGUACACUGCCGACCAUCGCCUCGUAG